GAGGAGCUGGACCGAACCACGGGAGAUUGAUUGGAGCUUGAGCAGCUCUUCGUCUGCUCGGAACUAUCGUUUGGUCCGUUUCACAACAGCACCGCAUUUACAGUUGGCUCAAACGAAGCUGUUCCAUCGCGGCCCAAGCCGUUAACGAGACGAUCAGCCGACCUGUAGCCGGUCACGUGAACCUUCCUACCGUGCCCCCCACUCGGAGAGGAGUGGUACAGCCCAGCCGGGGGCUGGCUGUGGCAGGGGCAGACCGAGCCGAGCCGAGCCGAGCCCAGCCGAGGCAGGCUGUGUGAAUGAGGAGACGCGCUGCGUGGCGCCGAUCUGAGCCCACUUCGGAUUCAUACGAACCUUCAUCGCGUUGUUUAUUGAGUCCCGCUCUGGGAGGUUCUAUGACCAAAACUGGACUGGAGGAGAAGAAGAAGAAGAGAAGAAGAAGGCGGCCGCAGCGCGUGGGACUGUGGAUUUGAACAAGUGAUUGGACUUUUCUGCGCCCUGCGUCCAGGUAGUCAUGGCUCAUUGAAGACGACUCCUCCUCAGACCUGCAGGCACCUCUUCUCUCCCUCUCCCUCUCCUGCUCUACCCCUCCGUUCAGUCCUUCACCUCCUCCUCUCUCUGUCCACGAUGGUCCCAUCCUUUUCUUUCCUUCUUCUCUCCUUCCUCUUCCUUCACCUCCCCUCACCCAUUCUUUCUGCCCCGGCUUUUCCUCCCCCUUCGUCUGCGGCCUUGGGCAGGUCGUUUUACCGAGCAUUCGACACCUCCCUCACCCACCUAACCAUCCACCGGAGGACAGGAGAGGUGUUCGUCGGAGCCAUCAACAGGAUCCUAAAGCUGUCGGCCAAUCUGACGGAGCUGAGGAGUCACCAGACCGGACCCGUGGAGGACAACGCCAAAUGUUACCCCCCUCCCAGCGUUAGGGCCUGUGCUCACCGACUGGAGAUGUCGGACAACGUGAAUAAGCUCUUACUGGUGGACUACACUGGGAACAGACUGGUGGCCUGUGGCUCGAUCUGGCAGGGCAUCUGUCAGUUCCUCAGGCUGGAGGACCUCUUCAAACUCGGGGAGCCACAUCACCGCAAGGAGCACUACCUGUCUGGAGCCAGAGAGGCCGAUGGGAUGGCAGGGGUGGUUGUCGGUGAGGACGACUGGACAGCCGACCCGAAGAGGAAGAAGCCUGUGAAGGGUGGCAGCCGCCUCUUUAUCGGUGCCGCCAUCGACGGGAAGUCUGAGUAUUUCCCCACCCUGUCCAGCAGGAAGCUGGUGGCGGACGAGGAGAGCGUCAACAUGUUCUCACUGGUGUAUCAGGACGAGUUUGUCUCCUCGCAGAUCAAGAUCCCAUCAGACACGCUGUCCUUGUACCCGGCCUUUGACAUCUACUACGUCUACGGCUUCUCCAGCCGCACCUACGUCUACUUCCUGACGCUGCAGCUGGACACGCAGCUGACGCAGAUGGACGCCGGUGGAGAGAAGUUCUUCACCUCGAAGAUUGUCAGGAUGUGCUCCAACGACACAGAGUUCUACUCCUACGUGGAGUUUCCUCUGGGCUGCACCAAAGACGGCGUGGAGUACCGACUGGUGCAGGCCGCCUACAAGCAGAAGCCAGGACGGCGGCUGGCGCAGGCUCUGGGCCUGAACGAGGAUGACGACGUCCUGUUUGUCGUCUUCUCACAGGGUCAGAAGAAUCGCUCCAACCCGCCCAGAGAGACAGUGCUUUGUCUCUUCACUCUCCACGACAUCAACCUAGCCAUGAGGGAAAGGAUCCGCUCCUGUUACCGUGGAGAGGGACGUCUGUCGUUACCGUGGUUACUGAACAAAGAGCUGCCUUGCAUCCACACGCCGAAGCAGAUUGGAGAUGAUUUCUGCGGGCUUGUGCUGAACCAGCCGCUCGGAGGCCUGAGGGUGAUCGAGGGGAACCCGUUGUAUGAGGACCGGACUGAGGGCAUGGGCGCCGUGGCUGCGUACACCUAUGGAGAACACACAGUGGUGUUUGUGGGGACCCGCAGUGGACAGUUGAAGAAGAUCCGUGUGGAUGGGAUCCCGCCGCCGGCCCACAACGCUCUUCUGUAUGAAACGGUGGCGGUGGUGGAAGGGAAGCCGAUACUACGGGACAUGGUUUUCAGUCCAGAUCAGCAGUACAUCUACCUCCUGAGUGACAAGCAGGUGACCAGACUUCCGGUGGAAAGCUGUGAGCAAUACAGCAGCUGCUCCGACUGCCUGGGAUCCGGGGACCCUCACUGCGGGUGGUGCGUCCUCUUUAACAAGUGUUCCAGACAGGAAGCAUGCAACCGCUGGGACGAGCCUCAACAUUUCAACACGCGCCUGGAUCAGUGUGUUGACAUCACAGUGACCCCGAGCAACAUGUCGGUGACGUCGCCGGCGACGCAGCUGACCAUCCGUGUUCAGAACGUGCCGGCUCUGUCCGGGGGCGUCGCCUGCGUGUUUGAGGAGCUGAGUGAGACGCCUGGGGAGGUAGUGGCUAAGAGUCAGGUGAAGUGCAUGUCGCCGUCCCUAAAGGACCUGCCGGCCCACGCCCACGCCCACGCCUACGGAGAGAAGCGUGUGGUUCAUCUCAGUCUUCGCUCCAUAGAGACUGGACAUGAGUUCAUCACCACAGACUUCAUUUACUACAACUGCUCUGUGCUCAGCUCGUGUACGUCCUGUGUCAGCAGCAUGUUCCCAUGUCACUGGUGUAAAUAUCGUCACAUCUGCACCAACAACCUGCAGGACUGCUCCUUCCAGGAGGGAAGGGUCAGCAGCAUGGAGGGCUGUCCUCAGAUUCUUCCCACAGCUGACAUCCUGGUUCCGGCUGGGAUGGUUCGUCCCAUCACGCUACGAGCCCGUAACCUCCCCCAGCCUCAGUCUGGUCAGAAGAACUAUGAGUGCGUGUUCAACAUCCAGGGCAAAGUGCAGCGUAUCCCUGCGGUCCGCUUCAACUCAUCCUGCAUCCAGUGUCAGAACACCUCGUACUGGUACGAAGGGGACGAAGCUGGUGAUCUCCCCGUGGACUUCUCCGUCGUCUGGGACGGAGACUUCUUCAUCGACAAGCCCGCGUCCAUGAAAGCGUUGCUGUACAAGUGUGAGGCUCAGCGCUCCAGCUGUGGCCAGUGCCUCAAAGCACCGGCGGCCUUCGAGUGCGGCUGGUGCGCGGAAACCAGAAAGUGCCUUUUGCGCCAGCACUGCCCUUCACCCGAACAGAACUGGAUGCACCACGGUCGACACAACCUGCGCUGCAGCCACCCACGAAUCACCAGGAUCGAUCCUCUGACUGGACCCCGUGAGGGCGGGACCCGGGUCAAGAUUGAGGGGGAGAACCUGGGUCUGCAGGUGAAGGAAAUCGCCCAUGUCCAGGUAGCAGGUGUGCGCUGCAACCCAGUACCCUCGCAGUACAUCAGCGCCGAGAGGAUUGUGUGUGACAUGGCGGAGGCUCUCCUCCCUCACUCGCCCGGGGGGCCUGUGGAGCUGUGCAUUGGUGUCUGCAGCGCAGAGUACCGGACCCUCUCCACUCAGACCUACUCCUUUGUGAGUCCCACUUUCAGUCGUGUACGUCCAGAGAAAGGUCCUGUUUCUGGGGGAACGAGGCUGACAGUAACGGGCCGACACCUGGACGCUGGCAGCGCCGUGACUGUCUACAUUGACAAGGAGGAGUGUUUGUUCGUCAAACGGACCAACCGGGAAAUAAUCUGCAUCACACCCACCUCCCUGUCGGGUUCUGGUCCUGCCCCUGUCCGUCUGAUGAUUGACAGGGCGGAGGUGACGAACUCAGAGACCAAAUACAUCUACACCGAGGACCCGACCAUCACCAGCAUCGAGCCAAACUGGACCAUCCUCAAUGGCAGUACGAUCAUAACUGUAACAGGAACCAACCUGCUGACCAUCCAGGAGCCCAAAGUUAGAGCCAAGUACGGAGGAGUAGAAACCAGUAACUUCUGUUCUGUCAUCAACGACAGCACCAUGACAUGUUUGGCUCCAGGUCUGGUCUACAGUAAGCCCACCCCGCCAGAGGGGGCGCUCCACCCCGACGAGUUCGGCUUCAUCUUUGACCAGGUCUCGUCUUUACUGGUCUUGAACUCCACUCCCUUCACACACUACCCCAACCCAACCUUUGACCCCCUGGGAAAUUCUGGAAUCCUGGAAGUCAAACCAGGGUCACCCAUCAUUCUCAAGGGUAAAAACCUGGUCCCUCCGACAACCGGCAACACCCGGCUGAACUACACAGUGCUGAUCGGGGAGGCCCCCUGCCUGCUCACUGUAUCAGAGAGCCAGCUGCUCUGUGAUUCUCCAGAUCUGACUGGAGAACAGCGAGUCCUGAUCCUGGUCGGAGGACUGGAGUACUCCCCAGGUAUGCUUCAUAUCUACUCCGACAGUGCCCUGACACUUCCCGCCAUCAUCGGUAUCGGGGCGGGCGGCGGCGUCCUGCUCAUCGCCAUCAUCGCCGUGUUGAUUGCCUACAAAAGGAAAACCCGCGACGCGGACAGGACUCUGAAACGGCUCCAGCUGCAGAUGGACAACCUGGAGAGCCGGGUGGCGCUGGAGUGCAAGGAAGCCUUUGCGGAGCUGCAGACAGACAUCCAGGAACUCACCAACGACAUGGAUGGAGUGAAGAUUCCCUUCUUGGAGUAUCGGACUUACACCAUGAGAGUCAUGUUUCCAGGAAUAGAAGAACACCCCGUCCUCAAAGAGCUCGAUUCUCCGGCCAACGUGGAGAAAGCUCUGCGCCUCUUCAGUCAGCUGCUCAACAACAAGAUGUUCCUUCUUUCCUUCAUCCACACCUUGGAGGCUCAGCGCUCGUUCUCCAUGCGGGACCGAGGGAAUGUGGCCUCGCUGCUGAUGGCCGCGCUGCAGGGCCGGAUGGAGUACGCUACCGUGGUGCUGAAACAGCUGCUGGCCGACCUGAUUGAGAAAAACCUGGAGAACCGGAAUCAUCCCAAACUUCUGCUGAGGAGGACAGAGUCUGUAGCUGAGAAGAUGCUGACAAAUUGGUUUACAUUCCUGCUGCACAGAUUCCUGAAGGAGUGUGCCGGCGAACCUCUCUUCAUGCUCUACUGUGCCAUAAAGCAACAGAUGGAAAAAGGGCCGAUCGACGCCAUCACAGGAGAAGCUCGUUACUCUCUGAGUGAAGACAAGCUCAUCAGGCAGCAGAUCGACUACAAGCAGCUGACUCUGAUGUGCAUCCCUCCGGAGGGUGAGGCUGGGACCGAGGUGCCAGUGAAGGUGUUGAACUGUGACACGGUGACGCAGGUCAAAGACAAACUGCUGGACGCUGUUUACAAAGGCAUUCCAUAUUCCCAGCGCCCUCAGGCCGAUGACAUGGACCUCGAGUGGCGUCAGGGUCGAUUGACCAGGAUCAUACUGCAGGACGAAGACGUGACCACUAAGAUUGAGUGUGACUGGAAGAGGCUGAACACGCUGGCUCACUACCAGGUAACAGACGGCUCCUUGGUGGCGCUGGUCCAGAAGCAGGUCUCUGCCUACAACAUCGCCAACUCAUUUACAUUCACCAGAUCACUGAGCAGAUAUGAGUCGUUGCUCCGAACCUCCAGCAGCCCUGACAGCCUGAGAUCCAGAGCUCCGAUGAUCACCCCGGACCAGGAGACAGGAACUAAACUAUGGCAUCUGGUGAAGAAUCACGAGCACAGUGACCAGAGAGAAGGAGACAGAGGCAGCAAGAUGGUUUCUGAAAUCUACCUGACCAGGCUGCUGGCAACCAAGGGAACACUGCAGAAGUUUGUGGAUGACCUGUUUGAGACGGUGUUCAGCACAGCCCACCGCGGCUCCGCGCUGCCAUUGGCCAUCAAAUACAUGUUUGACUUCCUGGACGAACAGGCUGACAAACGACAAAUCAGCGACCCGGACGUCCGGCACACAUGGAAGAGCAACUGCCUUCCUCUCAGGUUCUGGGUGAACGUCAUAAAGAAUCCUCAGUUUGUCUUCGACAUCCACAAAAGCAGCAUCACUGAUGCUUGUCUGUCCGUCGUCGCUCAGACCUUUAUGGACUCCUGCUCGACAUCUGAGCACAGACUUGGCAAAGACUCACCAUCUAACAAGCUGCUUUACGCAAAAGACAUCCCCAACUACAAGAGCUGGGUGGAGAGGUACUACAGGGAUAUUGCAAAGAUGCCAAGCAUCAGUGAUCAGGACAUGGAUGCCUACCUGGUGGAGCAGUCUCGUCUCCAUGGCAAUGAGUUCAACACACUCAGUGCACUGAGUGAACUGUAUUUCUACAUCAACAAGUACAAAGAAGAGAUCCUGACGGCAUUGGACCGAGACGGUUACUGCCGCAAACACAAACUGAGGCACAAACUGGAGCAAGCCAUCAACCUGAUGUCUGGCAGCAGCUGAGAGGAGGGGAAGACCAACGGGACUGAUGGGCUGACGGACGGAUGAAUGGGAUGAAUGGAGCUCUGACGAAGACCUGAACAGAGUGUUUGGUUUCUUUGGAACUGUCUUGUUUGUCAGCUUUAAGUGUCUGUGUGUAUCUGAGCUGACUGAGACAGCUUCAGCCCCUUUGCCAACAGUCCAUCCGUAAUUUGUUUGUCGACUGACAAGAGAAUAACUAGAUGACUGGGAUCCCAACUACCUCCAUUUGGUGGCUUCUGGGGCAGAAAAUCCGUUUCCGAACCGAUUUGGAUACAUUUACAACAUGACUGACAAACCUUUGAAAUGCAUCUGUCGGUUUGGAUCACGAUUUAUAUUCAGUGCAGAUGAGGGCAGGGAUCAAGCCAUGGGAAAGUCACUGUAGAAAGACAUGGACACUGAACAGGCUGAACACUACACAAGGACCAAACAUCAUGAUGUUGAGUUAAGACCAAAACACCAAGUCAAGACCUUGGUGUGGCCUGAAGAUUUAAACUAAAGUCUGGUCUGCGACUUUUAUCAAGUUUAGGAGUGAACAGGUGAAGACUUGUCACCAAAGCUGGAAGCCUGUGGCUACUUCGAGGCUGUGCUUUGUCACCUGGGCCUUUUCUGCAACGACUUGAUUGACUCUAUAAAGACCAGCUCAAGGUUUAGGUCUGAUCAACCAACAUUGUGUCGAGCUUUAACAAAGUAGAAGAUGACUUCACCUUGGAAUCACAUCUAAGUCACAAAAGAUUUGAAAUCUCACCUUUGGAGAUCAGGAAAUAAGGACUGGACUUCAGCUUCAUGUGUGACGUCUAAGCCUCGUCAGGAGCAGGUCUGAAACACCAAGUCAGUGUUUUCUAUGGACAAUCACUCUAUACCACAGCACACUGAGCCCGAUGCCUACCAAGCGACCAGUACCUGUGUCCAUUUCCUACUUAAUUUCCUUUCCUUCCCUCCUCGGCCGUCACCUAAUCCGUUUCUUCAUUUCAUCUCUUGUUUCCUUUUCCACUUUUUGUAUCUCCCCUGCUCUCUCAUUGGUCAGUCAUGCUGGCCUCUGGCCAUCCUGUUGGCCUGGAAGACUCUUUAGUAACAUACUGCCUGACCAAUCAAGACUGUGGAUUUUACUAAGUAACCUAAAUCAGAAUGAACUUUUUGAAUACAUUCCAGCACAGGCACACAGGCAAGGUCUGUACAUAAGCAGGUUUACUCACAUCUCUGGAAGCGAAGGACUUUCAGAACAGAAUUGCUCUUUCAGGACCAGAACCACCUGGAGCAGUGGGUUCUGGAUUCAGCACCAGUCUAUAGACUUUAAUGCUGGUUGGUGCAAAUUGCUUUAUUGGCCGACCUUGCACACACGCCACACGCAGCCAUGAUUCCACCGCCACGCUAACCGUGCCCAGGGGGAAAUACUGUGCAGAGCUACAAGCCCAGUGCCAUGUAAAGAUCGGACCAGAUCAUGUCAGAGCUGGACCGGACUUGGACCAAAAACCCAUCAGAAACAGCCCGGACUCAAGAACUCUUUAUGACUUGUGGCCAUAAUUGUAAACAACAAAAGAAUGAUGAUAAUAAUAAUGAUGAAAUAUAGAAAAUAAAAAAGAAAACCAAACAAACGGGAAAAAAUAUUGAGAUGUUAACCUGUAAUAAGAACUUUGUGGAUUUGACAGUUUGGAUUUUAUGGAGCUGUACUUGUUUAAAGCCGAACGUUUGAAGAAGGAGUGAGAGCCAGGAGACAGCGGGUCAGAACUCAACUCCAUCCUCACACCUCACGCCGUCACAGGAGAUGAACAUCUCCGGCAGCACAUCAAACUUUGCCAAACUGCAUGUGUAACGGAGCGAUGGUGUGCGUUGUGUGGGUGGAGGCUUCGUGCUGGGCUGUCGUGGGGAGCGUUGCAUUGGAUGCAUGCUUUCACAGCUGCAUCCUCGUCUCCACUCCCGCUCGACUGUGGUCCAACAUUUUCACUUUGCGCUGGUCAAUGCUGCCACUUUGGUUCCUCUCUGGUUGGUGCACAGCCUCUUCACAGAGCUGUGCUUUAAAACAUCAGCAGCAGCAACUUUGAGGAUUGACACUGGUUCAGGUCAUUGGCAGUAAUAACAUCAUUCACAGAAUAUGAUUGGCAUCGCCUCUUCGUUAUCAAUUCCUAUUUCCAAGUAGUUCUAUUGGAUCAGGCCUCCAUGUUGCUGCUUCCCACACUGAGGCCAGAGCAGCCAGUUUAGCACCAGUUGAGAACCUUGAGGUGUGAAAAUGAUCUGCCACAGUCACAGCGUCUCUGUUGGCUCUCUGUGAUGCCAUAAAACUACCAAGCACCUUUUUUAUUUUUUGCUGUUGUUUCAUAGUCAUUUGAAUCCUUGGGACAAAAGGACCCAAGUGAGGAGAAGGAGGGUCCUGAUGUCAGCUGUAUGUGUGUGAGCCUGCUGCUGCUGCUGCUGCUGCAGUGGAAAUUCAACCGUUAAAUCACUGAUCAUAUCUAAAGUUCAAUUAAAAACCUUUUUCUUCACAGUCACGCCAUUUAAAUCCGCCGAUCUGUAUCUUUUCAGAUCUCUCAUUGGAUCUUUGCUCUCUGCUUGAAAAAGUAAAAAAACUGAGAAAGCCAGCUCGUCCUGGCGCUGCCAGUUGGAUCAGAGCUGACCUUUUUCUGCUGGUGGGAUGUGAUGAGAGUUUAAAUGAAGAGAGCAUUUCUCUUUGCAUACUGAGAGGGAGGAAGGGGGGCACGGGGUGAGUGAAUCCUGGGGAAAUGGACAGCACUUUGACGCAUACUGGCCGGUGCAGGAGCCAAAUCUGAUGCUCAAAUGCUGAGAAUAAAUACAGAGGAGGUUCCAUCGUGGGAGAGGUGGAAGCAGGGUUGAAUACUAGAGCAGGAGCAGGAGGGUAGUGAGUGGAGGAAUACUGAUGAGGGGGAAAAGACUGAGGCAACACCAUCCAUCAACCUGGCUGAGGAGGCAGAGGCUAGUUCUGAUCCGGGAUAGCUGCAUUUCACUCACUUACUCAUGCAUGAAAUUAAACACAACCGAUGAUAAACAUGGAAAGUCACAGCUUGUAUCUCUGAAAAGUGCCAGGAUUAGGAGGGAGGAGACCCCGUCUAACUCCUGGAAAAGAAAACAACAGACUCUCUCAUAUUUCUCUCUCUCAUAUUUAUUAUUAUCAUUUUUAAUUUAUUUCUCUGAGGUUAUUUAUUGGGAGGAUGUUCACAUUUUUAUAGCUUGUACAGAGUGAAAGAGAGCAGAAGUCAGGCAUUUAUUUAUUCAUGUUGCUGUGUUCACAUCAGCUUCUUGUACCAAAGUGUAACAGGCUUUAAGUGAACUUCCUGUUUUUCCUUAUAUCCGUUGAGUGCGUGGAAGAAUCGCUGGGCUCCACAAAGCUGAGGGGGAUUCAGUGGAUAAGAUGUUUUCAGGUUCCUCCUGCUGUCAUGGUUUAUGUUUUUUAGAAAUCCUCCAGUUGAAACCUCAGUAGCAUCACAAACGUAAUGACACAUUCCGUACGAGCGUUUUACGUGAUUUGGAUUGAAUCCUACAGAAUCGGUUUCAUACCAACUGGAGACACAUGACGUCACUGCAGCGUAGCAGCAGCUGAUCCCUGGAGCCGCGUCUUCCCAGGUGCUUCUCAGACUCCAUCGCAGUCAGAUGUCGCUGGUGAGAGGCACUGUUUGAAGCGAGGUCAUUCUUUUAGGAGCUGGAUCGUAAAGUUCAUGAACACUGAUUCCAUAUUAAAUUUCAUUUUAUAAAUCACAAACGGAUGAACACGAUCAGUGUCAAUCUACAGCAUAGACCCUGGCGUCAGAUCAUGUUGAGUUCUUCAGGUCUGAGCAUUUCACCGGCUCAGCCUCGGUGCCGCUCUUCGUUCACUCUGCCUGGAAAAAGUUUCUCUUCAAAUGCAGAAAACACACAUUGCCUUGAUGCAGCACUUUCCAGGAUGUAGUCAGGGUGCAUUUUUUGAUACCAUUUACAUUACCUUGUCAUUGUUUUUUUCAUUUUUGCUAAGUUAAAAUGUAACGAUGAUGAUGAUGAAUCUUCUUCAUGUAAUAGCCUGUGUCAGUUUUGAUACCAUUGCCAUUGCCUUCUGCUGAGUUUGUAUAUUUGUGUGACUUCACUAAAGUGUAAUGGAAAUGUUGA